GCGCGGGCGCCGUCGGGCCUGAUAAGGCGGAGCGGGGGGCCCCGUCGGGACCAGGAUGAGUAACGGCAGCCGACCGGGCCUGCGGUGUCCAUGACAGGUUGUAUCUGCUUGCACCACCCCUCCUGCAGCUGGUGGCAUUAGCUGGUUCCCAGGUCCUGCCGCGGAAAGGAGGCGAGAGCCCGUGGCACCAUCAUGAACGAAGUCUCGGUCAUCAAGGAGGGCUGGCUGCACAAGAGAGGAGAAUACAUUAAAACGUGGCGCCCCAGGUAUUUCCUGCUGAAAAGUGAUGGUUCCUUCAUCGGCUACAAGGAGAGGCCUGAGACGUCCGAUCACAGCUUGCCACCGCUGAACAACUUCUCGGUAGCAGAGUGCCAGCUGAUGAAGACGGAACGGCCCCGGCCCAACACUUUUGUCAUUCGAUGCUUGCAGUGGACAACAGUCAUUGAAAGGACCUUCCAUGUGGACUCUCCAGAAGAGCGAGAAGAGUGGAUGCGAGCCAUUCAGACUGUAGCAAACAGCUUAAAGAACCAGGAGCCGGAAGUAGACACGAUGGAUUAUAAGUGUGGUUCCCCUAAUGACAGCACGGGAGCUGAAGAAAUGGAAGUGGCAGUGAGCAAAACACGUGCAAAAGCAACUAUGAAUGAUUUUGAUUACCUGAAGCUCCUGGGAAAAGGCACUUUUGGCAAAGUGAUCUUAGUGCGGGAAAAGGCCACUGGACGCUAUUACGCGAUGAAGAUCCUACGGAAAGAGGUCAUCAUUGCGAAAGAUGAAGUGGCACACACAGUUACAGAGAGCAGAGUGUUACAGAAUACCCGGCACCCUUUCCUGACAGCGCUGAAAUACGCCUUCCAGACAAACGAUCGGCUGUGCUUCGUCAUGGAAUAUGCCAAUGGAGGAGAGCUGUUUUUCCACCUCUCAAGAGAGCGCGUGUUCACGGAGGACCGGGCCCGUUUCUAUGGUGCAGAAAUAGUGUCUGCUCUGGAGUAUCUGCACUCUAGGGACGUGGUGUACAGAGACAUAAAGCUCGAAAACCUCAUGCUGGAUAAAGAUGGCCACAUCAAGAUCACAGACUUUGGGCUCUGCAAGGAAGGCAUCACAGACGGCGCCACCAUGAAAACGUUCUGUGGCACACCAGAGUACCUGGCUCCAGAGGUCCUGGAGGACAAUGACUACGGACGUGCCGUGGACUGGUGGGGCCUGGGUGUUGUCAUGUAUGAAAUGAUGUGUGGUCGGCUCCCCUUCUACAACCAGGACCACGAACGCCUCUUUGAGCUGAUCCUUAUGGAAGAGAUCCGCUUUCCCCGAACCCUGAGCCCUGAGGCCAAGUCCCUGUUGGCUGGGCUGCUCAAGAAGGAUCCCAAGCAGAGGCUAGGAGGAGGUCCCAACGAUGCCAAGGAAGUGAUGGAGCACCGCUUCUUUGCUGCAAUCAACUGGCAGGAUGUGGUUCAGAAAAAGAUGACAAUAUGGGCUCACUGGAGAACGACCAGCGGACGCACUUCCCCCAGUUCUCGUACUCCGCCAGCAUACGAGAAUAACCAGCAGUGUUUCUGCAGCGGGGACUCGGGCCCCAAGGAGGGCAGGACAUUUUUGGGUUUGGUCAGGUGGAUUUCUCUUCGGUGCCGUAGUCCCCUGGGAUGCCGGGGCUGCGGGCACACAGGCCCCCAGCAGCCCGUGCUCCGGCUCGCGGGCGCCGUGCCACGCUGCGAGAACAGCGGCAUCGCCUUCUGGAAGCCGUACUGCUGCAAACAAAGUGCUCUCGCUACACUGCUCCAGCUGGCACCACGCUGUGCCUCGUUCCCUAGUGUAGGACUGCUUUUAUUUUAUUUUAUUACUUUUUUUAAAAAAAGAAAAAAACUCCUAGAAGUGCUUGCAGCUUUUUUGAAUGACCGCAUCCCCGCAGAGCACCCCUCCAUGGCCUCUCUCACUGGAAACGCCGGCAGCCCCCGUGCCCAGCCGGCCCCGCCGGGAGCAGCGGGCUCUCGCCCCAACGCUGGCAUUUCAAACACGGAAAGGGAGGUUUGCGGAGACAAACCCUAUAUAACCGAAACCUCUCCCACCUGAAUCACAGUGACUUUCAUUUUGUCGAGGUAUUUCUGCUGGACAUGACCCGCUGCCGGGGCUGCCCUGGUGGGGGGUGGCGAGCCCCCCGCCCUGGUGCGCCUGGGGGCGGUGGGGCAGGACGCUGACCUCGUGCCACCAGCGCCGUGCGUGUCCUUCCGUGGCCUGUUAAAUCUUCACAACUCGGGACCCGCAGGGACUGCAAAACACGCAGAGUGCCCCCAGAUCUGUGCCUCUUCCCCAGCACAAGUGCCCCCACGCCGGAGCCGGCUCGCUCCGCGGAGGGGCGAGGGGAAGAGGGGCAGCCCUGCCUCUCGCCUCCCGCGAGGAUCGGCGCUCCGGAGCGGAGCAGCCCCGUGCCGGAACCCAUCGAAGACGUGGGCGAUUGUAAAAGCAAUAGUUUUUCUUCUUCGUUGCCUUAAAGCAAGGAGCGUCGGUGCCGCCAGGAGCAGGGCGGCGCCUCUGCCGGCGCAGGACGCCCGCCACGGCCUCGGGGCUGCCACCCUGCCCUCCUGCCUUCCCCGUGCCUUGUGGAAAGGCUCGUGGGCGCGGGGCCGGGUGCCCCGGGUUGGGACGCUCGCGCCGCAGUGGGGCACGGCCGCGGGGAGGGCGUCCUUCCCCAGCAGCCCUGGCCAGCGGCGCUUUUACCUGGACGCGACAGCAGAGCCGUCGACCCCGGCUGCAUCGCCGAGUGCCGGCGGGGUGGCGGCGGCCCCGCUCCGUAGACCUCCUCGACCGCCAGCAUCGGGAUCGACUUCCUCCUUGCGCGGCUCCAUUGCCGGCAAUGGAUCUGAGCUGCACGGACUGUUCCCGGCGCUCGGGGCCUCGUGCCGCACGCGUGGCCCCUCACCGGCGGCGCGUUUCGAUAGAGGCUGCAGCCCGCCCGCGUGCCCCGGCGCCGGCCCGCUCUCACCCGUCCCGUGUGCGCGUGUGCACGUGCACGCACGCUCCCCGGCGCGUUCGCACGUGCGUGCGCGGUGCCUCCUCGGGAGCCGGGGCCGGGCUGCGCCGGCGCGGGGUGACGGCACUCCCCGCCGGGCCGGGCUGCCCCGGCACGGGCGCUGGGCGCUCGCACGGCCGAGUCGCUCCCCUCCCCGAGGGGCCGGGCCGCCCGCGGGCACCAGCGGCGCGUCGGGCUGCGACAAGCUGGACUUGCCGCCCGCAGCCCAGCCGGGACCGCGGCUCUGCUCGGGGCAGCGCCGCGCGGAGGCCUCCGGCCGCCUCCGCCCGACUUCGAGGUGGGAUCCUGCACCCGGUGCCUUUUCCUGCAGCCCCGGGAGCAGCCGCGGAGCCUCGUCCCUCCCUCCCGGCCGGGGCCGGGCUCCCGCGUCCCCCCGGAUCGCCCUCCGCAGGGCCCGGCCGGCGGUGCCCCAUGCCCGGCGUCCCUCCCUUUGCCUUUUUGAGCAGGGAGGAAUUGAGGCGACAACCUGCUUUUUCUUACUUAGUUUCUAGUUGCCUGAACGGAGUCGCGUUAACUUAAACGACGGGCGCUCCGGCCGGGCCGCGGCCGGUGCUGCGCUGCCGCGGCACCGGGCCGGGAGACGAGACCCCGUAGGAUACGUCGUGAGAUUCGGUGUUUUGGCUUCCGCGGCGCGGUGAGGCGCUGCGGCGCCCGGCCGGCCGCUUUCACCCACCCUUGUAUUUGUACGGUACAAGCAAUAAAAUGUUUUUGUUUUUUU